UACGGCGCAUUCGCCGGGAGCGUGGGGCGGCUUAUAUUACUGAUUUUUGCCCUUCAAAUGACACUGCUUCUGUGGUAAUCGUAGUGCACGGAUCUUGUUUUUCGAAGUAUUUGCAAAGAAGACAAUAUGAGCAAAAUUGGUAUCAACGGAUUUGGUCGUAUUGGCCGUCUAGUUCUCAGGGCCUCCCUUGAACGCGGUGGUCAAGUUGUCGCCAUCAAUGACCCCUUCAUUGGUCUGGAUUACAUGGUAUACAUGUUCAAGUAUGACUCCACUCACGGAAAAUUCAAAGGCGAAGUCAAAAUGGAAGAUGGUUGCCUCGUUGUCAACGGCAACAAGAUCGCUGUUUUCAGCGAACGCGAUCCGAAAGCUAUCCCAUGGGCCAAGGCUGGUGCCGAAUACGUAGUUGAGUCGACUGGUGUAUUCACUACCAUCGAAAAGGCCUCUGCUCACUUGGAGGGUGGUGCCAAAAAAGUCGUAAUCUCCGCACCCUCUGCCGAUGCACCAAUGUUUGUCGUUGGCGUUAAUCACGAAUCUUACGAUCCAAGCAACAAAGUCGUCUCCAAUGCUUCUUGCACGACCAAUUGCUUGGCUCCUCUCGCCAAAGUUAUUCAUGAUAACUUUGAAAUUGUAGAAGGUCUUAUGACCACCGUCCACGCCAUUACGGCAACCCAAAAAACGGUUGAUGGACCUUCCGGAAAAUUGUGGCGUGACGGACGUGGCGCUGCCCAAAACAUCAUCCCUGCAGCAACAGGUGCUGCCAAAGCUGUUGGUAAAGUAAUUCCAGCCUUGAACGGAAAACUCACUGGUAUGGCAUUCCGUGUACCGGUACAUAACGUCUCCGUGGUUGACUUGACCGUUCGCCUUGGCAAACCAGCCAGCUACGACGACAUCAAGGCUAAAGUUAAGGAGGCCGCAGAAGGUCCUCUUAAGGGUAUUCUUGGUUAUACGGAGGACGACGUAGUCUCCACCGAUUUUAUUGGUGACACCCAUUCGAGCAUCUUCGAUUCUAAAGCCGGAAUUCCAUUGAACAAUAAUUUCGUUAAACUGAUCUCGUGGUACGACAACGAGUUUGGUUAUUCCAGCCGCGUGAUUGAUCUCAUCAAGUACAUGCAGUCGAAAGACAACUAAACUCUUUUAGAGUUUUCAUUGUCGUUUAAAACGUUCAAUACUGAUGUCGUUUCUCUCGUACGAUCGCUUCUCUGCUGUUAAUGAAAAACUCAUACGGUAAUUGUUAUUAACGAUCACAGUAGUUCUUCAGAGAGAAGUUUCAGAAACAACAGAAGUUAUUUCGUCGAUUUAUGUAAGAUGCUUCGUCUCGUCGCCCAGGCACAGUAGAACGAUGAGAUGAUAUUUAGGUGGUCAUCAUUUGUCGCGAAUACAAGGUACAAAUUAAAAAUUGUAAUAGAGCAGGCUCUAAAUUUUAUCUUAUUGUUAUUUAGAAAUUAAAGGAGCCACCUUUCGAUCGGGUUAACAGUUAGCAAAUGACGUUAUAAGAUGACCAUUAACUUACAAUUAGAAUUGUAUCGCAUUGGUAUGAUAAAAGCGCACGUAACAUAUCGUUCUUCAAAUCCUCCUCCUUCCCCACCCCUUUUUCUCUCCAUUUUACUGUGCAUCCACGGGUAUCACAUGAUUUGUGAUUUUCUCCCUAUAUGUCAUUAAUAAUUAUUUUUCAUUCUCGCAUUGAAACGAAUAAAAGAUUGUUACGAAAGUGAAAUAUA